GGUCCUGCUCUGUUAAUUGAUGCAGAGACUUGGCCUGAUGAUGCAAAUACAAAUUUGCAUUUUUUAAAGCGUGAUGUUGGUCAGCUCAUAAAUGAGAACACUAAUUAUAAGAAAACUAUGUGGGAAAGAAUUGAAAUGAAGUUAGAACAAGUAAAUGUUGAAAGCCUUGAUUCGAUCACCCAAUAUGUUCCAGAGUCCUCAAAUCUGAACCUUUUACAAAGAUGCCCAAAUUUAAUGUUAAAUAUGGGAGCAAUAUGA